AUGUACUACGGCUUUGUGUCACAAUAUAACCGAGUAUCGCAUAGUAUACUGGUCAUAACUGGCACAUCAAAGCUGCAGUGGGGUCGUUGUGGAGGCGCUCAAGCUGGAGUCAAUCUCGUCCCGGCCCACCAGGUGACGGGCAAGGCGGUGGAGCUGGACUGUAACUACGACCUGGAAGGGGAACCGCUGUACUCUGUCACUUGGUAUAGAGGCAGGGACGAAUUCUACCGCUACACGCCAGGGGAUAGAAACCCCAUUGAUAUCUUCGAGCUGCCGGGAGUGGCUGUAGAUACCUCCCUGAGCGACCAGAGGAAGGUGACGCUGCGGCCAGUCAGCCUCCUCUCCUCCGGCAAGUACCGCUGCGAGGUCUCCGCCGACGCCCCUUCCUUCCACACCGAGUCCAGGAGCGCCGAGAUGCUGGUGGUGGACCUGCCUGACCACGUACCCACCAUCACGGGAGGGCGGCCCAAGUAUCGUGUAGGAGACGAGGUGCACGUCAAUUGUACCUCUCUGCGCUCCCGCCCCGCCGUCCUCAUGUGGUACAUCAAUGACAAGCAGGCCGCAAUGGAGAAUCUGGUGGAGUACACGCCGGUGAAUGACUCGGACGGCCUUGAGACCUCCCGCCUCGGCCUUCGCUUCGUGGUGGGCCCGAGGCACUUCCAUUCAGGAGAGCUGCGUCUUAAGUGCACCGCCACCAUCGCCGCCGUGUACUGGCAGAGCUCCGAGGAGUCAGCGGAGGGGCAGCUGCAGCAGACGGGCUCAGUCCUGGAAAGUAAAGGUAUCUACGCAGGCGGGAGCAGCCAUACGUGGGUGUCCAUCCUGUUAGUGUUCCUCUCCCAGGCUGCACACCUGCUCGCCCACCUGUGCACCUCCUCUGAAGCAAUUCUCCGUCACUAGCGCAAUGACCUCCCUUAUCUGAGCUUCAGGUCAUCGCGCCGGGAACUCUCCCAAGUGUCAGAUGGUGGUCAGCAGUGCAGGGGACACAUACAGCAGUAUGGACAGCGUUCCUCUUCAGAUUGUGCUCAAGCUCUUAAUGAUGACUAGACGUAGCAGCCUCACACUGCCGUCACAAUCACCACCUGCGAGACUUUGCAUUACUUCUCUUGGUGUCACAAGAGUGGUGAGAAUCUUUUAAUGAUAGUGUUAAGUUUUAUACAUAUUAUAGAACUGCCAGUGCCAUUGUCCUUGUCCUACUCUUGAUAGGCAACGACAUGGAGCUGCCUGGCCAUCAGUGUCCUCAGUCCUCACCCCUCACCUCCAUCCUACCUCCUCUCACCUCCUUCACUCCUCCGACCAUCCAUCCCUCCAUCCCUCCAUCCCUCCAUCUCUUCUCUAUCCUGUCACCUGCAGCAAUGGUAUGAGCCAGUGGAAAAUGUCUAUAUUAGAUCUUCAUGUUCGGAAAAAUAUAUUGUAUGCGUAUAAGUGGUAUAAUUACGUAUGUUUAACUAUUUCUUUAUAUA